AUGGCCGACACCGCCGCAGCUCCCGCCGUCUCGAAGGGCGAGACCGAUGCGAAGCAGCAAUUCGUGCGCCCCGAGAAGCCCGACGAGACCGUUUACAAGGACCACCUUUACAAACUGGAAAAGACCCAUGCUGAUUCACAGGCCAAAUUCAACGCCGCAAAAGCAAAGCUCGACAAUGCCCGCCCUAACAACAAGGAUUCGCCGAACGCUGUACGCCAGCAAGAGCUCAAGGCGGAGCUCACCAAGAUCCGUCAAACGCAGCAGGGCCAAAAGAGUUCGCGUACGGCCGUCCUAGACAAGAUCAAGCGCCUCGACGAGCAAUUGAAGGGCCGCAUCGGCGAGCUCAAGACGGCCAAGGGCAAAGUGAACUUCAAGAGCGUUGAGGAUGUUGACCGCGAGAUUGCGCGCCUUCAGAAGGAGGUAGACACCGGACGCAUGAAGAUCGUUGACGAGAAGAAGGCACUCAAUGAGAUUACGAACCUCAACAAGGCCCGCAAAAACUUCUCGGGUUUCGACGCGCAACAGAAGUCGAUCGACGAUCUCAAGGCGCAAAUAGCUGAGCAGAAGAAGCUCCUCGACGACCCCGAGCAAAAGGCUCUCAGCAACAAAUAUACUGAGCUUCAGGAUGAGCUGGACAAGCUCAAAGCGGAGCAGGACGGGGCUUUCAAGAACAUGAAGACUCUCAUGGAGGCUCGGGAUAGGGCGCGUGAGGACCAGCAGGCUAAGUUCCAAGCCAUCAAGGAGCACAAGGACAAGUACUACCAGCAGAAGCGCGCGUUUGCUGAAUAUGAUUUCCAGGCCCGCAAGGCCCGUCAAGAGCGCAAGCGACAGGAACAAGCAGAGUACCAGGCCAACAAACGGAAGGAAAUGGCUGCAAAACGUCUUGAGGAAGCCAGCGCUCCUGCAUACCAGGAUGAGAUCCUCGCCUCGGAGGGCUUGAUACGCUACUUCGAUCCAUCGGCACUGCCCGCGAAGGAGACGGCAACGACCAGCAAGUUUGCUGCUUCUGCCCAGCGGACUGUCGACGACUCUGGUUUGAAGGGAACCCGUCUUUCUAAGAAGGGCGAUGAUGAAGAGAACUACUUUAUUGGUACCAGCGGAAAGAAGAAUAAAAAAGGACGGAAAGCCGCUGCCCCUCCAUCUGAGAAGUUCAAUCUGAACAUUGGUAUCCUCGAUGAGCUCGCCAAGGUUGGAGUGAACCCGCCGUCCGGCCAGGCAGAUGUCCCCGCCACCGUCGAGAAGCUGAAGGAGAAGCUUGAGAAGUGGAAGGCUGAGCAGGACGCAAAGACUAAGGAGAACAUCGCAAAAGCGCAAAAGGAAAUUGACCGCUUGGAGGCUGAGGAGGCCGAGGGUGUGAUAGACAGUGCGCGUAAGCCAGCCGAGAAGAACCAGGCUGUCAACGGCGGCCCUGUUUCGGCGGCAGCCGAACUUCAACAGGAGAAGGCUGCAGAAGCCGACGUGGCUGAGGAGCUCGAGAAGGCGAAGAUUGAGGACAACGAGGCUCCCGAGUCGUAA